GAAGCACCACCUAAGGGCGCGCAGGUGUGUUCAUUUGCAAACACUGAUAAGCACAUGUUACAUCACGGGCAGUUGUAGAAGUUUAGCGAAUGUGGAUGCUUGACGAAAUAUUUAACAAAAUAUUGAAAUACUGACAAUAUUUAAAUGGGUGAUUCUGAACAUCCCGAGAAAAACGGGGAAUCUGUUCCUGAUGCCAUUUGGCCAGAGAAUGGAGAUCAGUGGAGCGACAAAGAAGAGGAUGAUGAAUGUGGACUGUUGCAGGAAAUGGCUGAAGAGGAUGAGGAGAUUGACCUCUACAAUGAGGAAACAUUUGGCUUAGAUGAUGGUGCGAGUGGUGAAAAUCCAGAUGCAGACCCUACGGAUCUACUGCUGCUAUGUAGUGACAGCACUCCAACACCAAGGUCUUCACCUCCACCACCUCCUAGACCACCUUCUUCUCACAGUUCCCGUUCACCCCCCAGACCGGGACCUCGCAUUUGGCCCCACACUCCAACGGGCCGGUCUCAGAGAGGGAGAGCUGGUCGAGGCCAGCUGUUUGAUGACCCAGCUGUGGUGAAGACUGUGGAGGGUCGACCAAGCCUGAAGAGCCUUGAUAGUGCCAUUGUGGAUUGCAGCCUCAGCUCCUACUGGGAGGACCUCAAUUCAAAUACAUGGAUGAUGGCAUCUUUAAAGUCCAGUAGGCCACCUCCAGCAUCUAUAUAUCAGGACCAGGCGAUCGUGGGAGUGAUUGACCGAUCAGGACGUGGCAGGGUCCCACCUGUCUCUCCAAACUUUCUUUCUCCUAUGAGGCCUUUUUCCACUAGCCGGGGCAGGAGAGGACAGCCUUUUGUUGGAUCCUUUAACCAGAGAUGUCAUUAUCAGGCACAAAAGAGUCCCAUGGUGCCUUGUUCACCUUUUCGUCCCCAAAGACUCUUUACACCCCAGCAACAAUAUAACCAGCCUGGAGGCUUUCUGUCACCUUCCCGUCCUCAUCUCUCUACCCCAAUGCCCCACACGCCCAAACUCAUGCACCUGCAGUUCGGGACGGACUCCCCCAGGCCUGCUCCAUUCUACAGCCCAUCCUCCAACAUCAUGCAGGGCUUCAGAGCACCAGGUCCUGUUGCUCAGUUCCACCCACAGCACAAGCGGCUUUUGAGUCAGCGACAGCAGAGACCUCACAGAAAACCAGUGAGCUGGGACCCAUAUUCUCAAAUCAUGACCGAUAAAGAAAAGGAAUGGAUAAUCAGGUUGCAGAUGAUCCAGCUACAGAGUGAGAAUCCACAUCUGGAUGACUACUAUUACCAGGAGUACUAUCAGAGGAUGGAAGCCAAACUUAAUGAAGAGGAGUUCCUGGGUGACCGGCUAAAGAAGGAACCACCUAAACUCACAACCCCUUAUGUUACGAAAACGGUCUCGUACAUCCCAGUGGUCCACAUUGAAGGUUCGCUCGGGCAGGUUGCGGUGUCCACCUGUUUCUCUCCCAGAAGAGCAAUUGAUGCUGUUCAUGCAAACACACCUGAUGAGGAGCACAAAGACACUAGACAGCAAAGGUUGGAGGUGUUGAGCACCAUUGAGAAGUUGUACAUAGUUUUGUUAGAAGUAGAAGAGGCAGAGAAAAUGAAGGCAACAGUGUCUGACAAAGAUGAGGAGAGGCAGUUGAUGCAGAACAUGAAGAGGAAGGUGCAGCAGCUUUACACUGAGCUGAGGUGCACUAAUCUAUUGGAUUCAGGAGAGGAAUUUAUUUCGUGUCUACUUGUAUCUAAAGGAAAGAGGAUGUUGGCCAGACUCCUGCCCUUCCUGUCACAUGAUGCAUCCCUACAUAUCCUGAGCGUGGUGACCAAACACCUCCCGGUAUUGAUGAGCAGAGAUACAGAUGAGGCCCUGCCUGUUUUGUAUCCAUCUCUCCGUGCUGUGAUUGAUGGACUUGCAUUCAGUCAGCUAAUCAGAAUUCUCAAAGAGUUCACCACAUCACUGCCCGACUCAAAAGACACACGGUUAACGCUGGCCUGCCAAAACAAGUUUGGUCUGUCGCUGCUGUAUGCUCUGCUCUCGCAGGGAGAAAGGCUCUUAUCUUCUGACCUUCCCAUGGAGCCCAGCAUUGGAGAUUUUGAGACCUGGACGGAUACCGUAUUCCAUGUGGCCCGGCAGCUAUCCCAGACAACACUUGUUGAGCCAUUACUUCUGCCCUCCAACCUGCUAACACUUUUCUGUCGCUAUCUGGACAAGCGGACCAUACACCGACUAAAGAACAACAUGGAAUCAGCUACAGGAUAUCUGGCUGUAGCAUCAUAAAUGAGCACUGACCCUUUGACCUCUCUCUACAAUGACCUGAAACACAGGACGACGCUAAGCAUGAAUUGGAUUUUGUGACGGACCACAUUCAUCAGUUUAUCUGUAUUCUUUUUCCGGUUAACCUCAAUUCCCCUUCUCCUAAUUUUUAAACUGUCUACUUUAAGCAUAUUCCAUUAGUCCUUCUAUCAAGGUCAUCUUUGCACUAAUUGGCAAUUAGCACUUUUUUUUUUUUUUUUUUUUUUUUUUUCUCCAAGAUUUCAGUAUGAUUUAUCAAAAAGUGGCUGAUAUUCAGUCAUAAAUCAUGGCCAUAUAAAGCCUCAUGAAGAGUUUUGCAUCACAGAUAAAGUUGAUCAUGUUGAAUUUGUGGUCUGCAGGUCUUCAGAGCGAGCUGUUGGGGUUGAUGUAAAAUGAUAGUUGCACUAAAGGUGUUGGGUUUAAUUUGUGAUUUAUAAAAACAUCUUUUGUUAUGAAUCCAACUGUCUUUCAAAGAAAGGUUUUGGGUGUUAAUUUGGAUACUUUAAUGUUAAUUUCAGAAUGAUGUAUGCUUAUAUGAAAAAUGUUUGCAGUAUGGUUUCAUUUUGUUUUAUUUUUGUAAUUGUUCGACCCAAUGUCAUAUCUAAUGUAUUUUUUCACUGUUGCAGAGCACAUGCAAGUAAAAAAAAAAAUAAAUAAAUAAAAAUUUGUAAAAGUAA